AUGGUGGAGGCGGCGCCCCCCGGGCCCGGGCCGCUGCGGAGGACCUUCCUUGUGCCCGAGAUCAAAUCGCUGGACCAGUACGAUUUCUCGCGGGCCAAGGCGGCGGCCAGCCUGGCGUGGGUGCUGCGGGCCGCGUUCGGGGGCGCAGAGCAUGUGCCCUCGGAGCUGUGGGAGCCCUUCUACACCGACCAGUAUGCGCAGGAGCACGUGAAGCCCCCGGUGACGCGGCUGCUGCUCUCGGCUGAGCUCUACUGCCGGGCCUGGCGCCAGGCGCUGCCGCAGCUCGAGACGCCCCCCAGCCCCUCUGCGCUACUGGCCCUGCUGGCGCGGAGGGGCAUGGUGCCCGCGCUGCCUGAGCGCCCGGUGCAGGAGGCCGACCUGAGGCACCAGCCUAUCCUCAUGGGAGCCCACCUAGCUGUCAUUGAUGCCCUCAUGGUUGCCUUCGCCUUUGAGUGGACGAAGACACUGCCUGGUCCCUUGGCCCUGGCCAGCUUGGAGCACAAGCUCCUUUUCUGGGUGGACACGACCAUCCGGCGGCUGCAGGAGAAGACAGAGCAGGAAGCUGCCCAGAGAGCAUCUCCCGCGGCCCCUGCCGAUGGGGUGGCCCCAGCACAGGCUUCGUGUCCCACACGCUGGUACUGGAAGCUGGUUCCUCACGCAAUUGCCUUCUGUUUGAAGGAGUCGGGGAGCAAACCCCCCAUGAUCCGAUAUCGCAAGGACCGCGCCGUGGCCCGACGCGCCCCCUGCUUUCCGACCGUGACCAGCCUCCAGGACCUGGCAAGUGGGGCUGCGCUGGCCGCCACGAUCCACUGCUAUUGUCCCCAGCUCUUGCGACUCGAGGAGGUGUGCCUCAAGGACCCCAUGUCUGUGGCGGACAGCCUGUACAACCUCCAGCUGGUGCAGGAUUUCUGCGCCUCCCGCCUUCCUCGGGGCUGCCCGCUCUCUCUCGAGGACCUGCUUUAUGUUCCACCGCCCCUCAAGAUCAACCUGAUGGUGCUGCUAGCGGAGUUGUUCAUGUGCUUUGAGGUGCUGAAACCCGACUUCGUACAGGUCAAGGAUCUGCCUGAUGGUCACGCUGCCUCCCACAGGGCCACGGAGGCCUCCCCACCUCAGAACAACAGUGGCAGCAGUUCUCCUGUCUUCAACUUCCGCCAUCCACUCCUGUCAUCAGGCAGCCCCCAGUCCCCACUCCGAGGAUCCACAGGCUCGCUGAAGUCCUCCCCGUCCAUGUCCCACGUGGAGGCCCUCGGCAAAGCCUGGAACCGUCAGCUCAGCCGUCCCCUUUCCCAGGCCGUGUCGUUCAGCACUCCCUUUGGCCUGGACAGCGACGUGGAUGUUGUCAUGGGAGACCCCGUCCUACUCCGCUCCGUCAGCUCAGACAGCCUGGGUCCCCCGCGCUCUGUGCCAGCCCGGACCCCCACCCAACCAGCCCCGGAGACUGGCGACCUGCCUACCAUCGAAGAGGCCCUGCAGAUCAUCCACAGUGCCGAGCCCCGGCUGCUCCCGGAUGGGGCUGCCGACGGCAGCUUCUACCUCCACUCUCCCGAGGGGUCCUCCAAACUGCCACUGGCUUCCCCCUACCCACCCGAGGGGGCCUCAAAACCACUGCCCGACGGGCCCACCAAAGCACCCACCUACUCGCCCCACCCCGAGGGCCUCUCGAAACCGUCUCCCUGCCCAGUGGGGGAGGUAUCGAAACCGCCAGCCCUGUCUGAGGGCUCCCCGAAGGCGGCGGCUUCGUCCCCAGUGGCCAGCAACUCCGAAGUGAAGAUGACCAGCUUUGCUGAACGCAAGAAGCAGCUGGUGAAGGCCGAGGCUGAGGCAGGGUCCCCGGCAGCCACCCCAGUGGCACCAGAGGCCCUGAGCUCAGAGAUGAGUGAGCUUGGAGCCCGGCUAGAGGAGAAACGCCGGGCCAUAGAGGCUCAGAAGCGACGGAUCGAGGCCAUUUUUGCCAAGCACCGCCAGCGACUGGGCAAGAGCCAGGGUGAGCCGUCGCCACGGCCAAAGGCAGUGACCUUCUCGCCGGAACUGGGCCCGGUGCCCCCUGAAGGGCUGGGGGACUAUAACCGGGCAGUCAGCAAGCUGAGUGCAGCGCUGAGCUCGCUGCAACGGGACAUGCAGAGGCUCACGGACCAGCAGCAGCGGCUCCUGGCCCCGCCAGAGCCCUCCGGGCCUGCCCCGCCUCCCGCAGCGUGGGUCAUCCCUGGUCCCACGACGGGCCCCAAAGCCGCGUCCCCCAGCCCCGCCCGGCGCGCUCCAGCUGCCCGGCGCAGCCCCGGGCCUGGCCCCAGCCCCACACCCCGGAGCCCGAAGCAUGCGCGGCCGGCGGAGCUGCGGCUAGCACCCCUGACGAGGGUGCUCACGCCUCCCCACGAUGUGGACAGCCUGCCCCACCUGCGCAAGUUCUCGCCGAGCCAGGUGCCCAUGCAGACACGCUCCUCUAUCCUUCUGGCGGAGGGGCCGCCUCCCGAGGAGCCCGCGGCCCGGCCUGGCCUCGUCGAGAUCCCGCUGAGCAGCCUGGAAGAGCCCACGGCUGAGGAUGACGGAGAUGGGAGCCCCCCUGGUGCUGAGGAUUCCUUAGAAGAAGAGGCAUCUUCAGAGGGAGAGCCCCGGACCGGGCUGGGAUUCUUCUAUAAGGAUGAAGACAAGCCCGAGGACGAGAUGGCCCAGAAGAGGGCCAGCCUGCUGGAGCGUCAGCAGCGGCGGGUGGAGGAUGCACGGCGGCGGAAACAGUGGCAGGCCGAGAAGGAGCAGCGGAGGGAGGAGGCUGCGAGGCUGGCCCAGGAGGAAGCAGCCCCUGGGCCCCCGGCCCCCGCAGCUCCUGCGGCCGCUGCCUCAACCGCAGCCCCUGCCACCCGGGCCCCAGCCGAGGAGGAGGUGGGCCCCCGGCGGGGGGAGUUCACGCGGCUCGAGUAUGAACGCCGGGCCCAGCUGAAGCUGAUGGAUGACCUCGACAAGGUGCUGCGGCCCCGGGCGACGGGGAGCGGGGGGCCGGGCCGGGGCGGUCGGAGGGCCCCCCGGCCACGCUCCGGUUGCUGUGAUGACUCGGCCCUGGCGCGGAGCACAGCCCGUGGCCUGCUGGGCUCUCGGCUCAGCAAAGUCUACUCCCAGUCCACCCUGUCUCUGUCCACUGUGGCCAACGAGGCGCCCAAUAACCUCGGCGUGAAGAGGCCCACGUCUCGGGCUCCAUCUCCAUCCAGCCUCAUGUCCCCAAGCCGCCUGCCUGGCAGCCGAGAACGUGAAUGGGAGAACGGCAGCAACGCCUCCUCCCCGGCCUCAGUGCCUGAGUACACGGGUCCGCGGCUGUACAAGGAGCCGAGCGCCAAGUCCAACAAGUUCAUCAUCCACAACGCCCUGUCGCACUGCUGCCUGGCGGGCAAGGUGAACGAGCCGCAGAAGAACCGCAUUCUUGAGGAGAUUGAGAAGAGCAAGGCCAACCACUUCCUGAUCCUCUUCCGCGACUCAAGCUGCCAGUUCCGGGCCCUGUACACGCUGUCCGGGGAGACGGAGGAGCUGUCGCGGCUGACAGGCUACGGCCCCCGGACGGUCACGCCCGCCAUGGUGGAGGGCAUCUACAAGUACAACUCGGACCGAAAGCGCUUCACCCAGAUCCCCGCCAAGACCAUGUCCAUGAGUGUGGAUGCCUUCACCAUCCAGGGGCACCUCUGGCAGAGCAAGAAGCCCACCACUCCCAAGAAGGGCAGCAGCACCCCCAAAUAGCCCCGUCCCGGGUGGUCCGCAGGCCGGGCCCCAUGUGCUCUGGCCACCGCCCUCCUGGGGGACAGCCCAGAGGACAGUCCGUCGGUAUGCCCGGGUCCUGUCUGUCCCCCCGUGACCUCGCCUCGGUGGGGCUGGAGUCCCCACCCCCUUACUUUGGUCCCGCCCUGCUGUGGGGGCUGAGCUGGGAGGUUCAGGGACUCAGGGCUCAGCUCAGGCCCCCAUCUGUCCUCCCCACCUUCUCGAAUAAAGUAAUUUAAAGAGA